UUCCACCGCUCUUAAACUCGCGCCUAUACCCAAUCUCGAUCAGAUUCCGAACACGCUCCUGGCGUGGAUAAAUACCUACGAGGUGUGCACGGCAUCCUGAGCUCCUUUGGUGAUCGCACCAAUGCCUCUGAUAUUGUACGGCAACCCAGAAUGUCACCGGAAACGCUGAAGACAUGGAAAAGUUGUACGUUGUGAUCCAGCAAGUGCACGACUCGGUGUUUCAGCCCCUCCGGGAAUGGACCGGCGAGGUUCCCCCCGAACUGGAAAAUCUAACACGGGAUUUCCAUGCAGCCUUGAAGAAACAAGUAGAGGAAAUUGAAUUAACCCAGCGAAAAAAUCUGCCAACGAGGGCUAUCCAAGCGCCUGACAUAACACAGCAAAUAAGUGGCAUGAAGGGCUGCCUGAAGGAUGCUAUUUCUCGUUCCCAGCUAAGAAUAUCAACUUUAAUUCUACUUCGUACUGAACGUUUGUCUGUGCAGUAUGAACUUUCGAGACUCGGGCCAGUCGCUGCCGAAUACAUGUAUGUCAAGAGCAAGUCGGAAUGUCUCGAACGGACGCGGGUCCAGAUACAAACAUCGCUGCUGGAGCAUCUCAAGGUUCCCGAGAAUCGCUUCAUCUGGUUGCGUGGACCUCCCGGUACUGGGAAGACAGCAAUUUGUAUGAGCGUUGCAUCCGCCCUCAACGGCCAGGCUGCCCUGGCGGCGUCGUUCUUCUGGGAUAAGAACCAAGCAGGAACGGGCCUCGAUUCCAUUGAACACUUCCCUUCCACCCUUGCACACCAACUUGCAGUCUUCAAUGAGGACUUCAAGAUGUCGCUUGUCAGACACCUCCGGCAGCCAUCUUUAGUCUUUGUCAAGAGCCUUCCACUGGAUAAACAAAUGAGCGCUCUGAUCAUCGAACCAAUGCGCGAUGUGAUAGAAAUGCUGCCUUCUGGCAAGGAUCGCUUCAUUAUCAUUCUAGACGGCCUAGACGAGUGUGGGAGUCCUGAGGCAUUUGAUACUUUAAUGAAGCUCGUGCUACAGCUUCACGACCUACCCUCCUCAUUUGCCUUGUUGGUCAGCUGUCGACCGGAGUCGCAGGUUGUUCGGGCUUGGGCUCGAGCUCAAUCGAUGGGUUACGUCAUUCCAUGCGAAGACACCGAUAUGAUCAACAAGAGUGAGACUUUUCACACAAUAUGCCGCAUGGUAGAUGAGGGGCUUAAGGACUGCAUCUCCGAAUCACUGUGGAAACCCUCAGGAGAAGAUCUUUAUGCUUUCGCUUCAUCAUGUCGCGAAUUACCUGUUAUGGCCUCGAUGCGCAUACGUGAAGUCUGCGCUCGGACUAAACGAGGUGCCACCCUCAAAUCGGAGUUCGAUUACUUCCGAGAUCUCAUGGAUGCACCAACUGACCUCAAUUCGGAGUACCUGCGAAUUCUGUGGCGAUCCUAUAUGCUGGAAUCACUGCCUUUCCGUCCAGCCGUGAUUAGAAAUUACCGCCUUGUAGUGGGGAUGAUUGCUGUGGCGCAGGAACCGUUGAGUUUGAAUUCCAUUGCGCAGCUUUUGGGAAUUACGGAGGACGAAGUCUAUGCAACCUUGAGACCAAUCAGUUCAAUCAUUGAUCUUCCUUCAACGGGAGAAGGGCUGCCCAAAUUUUAUCAUGCAACAGCGAAGGAGUUCAUCAUGGAGCAUCCAAUCAGUGGCAUGCAUGACCAUCCUUUCUUUAUUGAUGAUAAGGAUGGGUAUUUCCUGGGGUUACCGCUCCUUCGAUUUCUAAGGGGAUUAGUGAUGCCCACUGAUCGUCCUUUGGGGGAUGAGAAGAUGUGGAUGAAAUUUCAGUGGAAGGGGCAACCCGAACAUAUCCGAUAUGCUGUCAAAUACUUGUUCAGCCACUUGGAUUCUUCAAAGCUGUUCUCGCGAGUCCCCAAUGAACUGCGGCAGGAGUUUGAUCACUUCCUUACCCAUAACUUACUUUGGUUCAUCGUACUGUCGCAGGGUGAAUUCAAGUUGCUGGAUAAGUUCCUUCCUUCUAACAACAAUGAUUACAAUUCAACUCAACUAUUAAGAGAAGCCGAGAAAGCCAACAAAUAUGUAGUUGACCAAUAUCUCAUCUCUCUGAUCCUGUUCAGAUUUUUAGCAUUUCCGGAGAGUUUGCUGGUCAUCUGAUUCCAUUAAGAGCAGCAGGGUUACAAGGCUGAAUUUCUUGAUCCUGAUAUUCGUGAUGGCACAGUGACUUCUGCAGCAAUCUCCAAAGAUGGCCACCAUAUUGCACUCGGCUUUGGAAGUGGUGACGUCGAAGUUGUUG